AUGGCCAAAGAGAAACGACACAAACGACGGGAUUCGCCGGAAGUCAAAGUUAAGGUGAAACAAGAGAAGUUAAGCCCCGCAAGGCCGCACAGAACACGCCGCUCGCCAAUUGACAACAAAAGUCCUCCGAGAAGACGAGCCAGCAGGUCGCCUGUCAGGUCAAGGGACCGCUCGGAUGGCAGGAGAGAGACCACCUCCCCGGCCAGGCGAGGAAGCCGAUCCCCGCGAAGGAGAAGUCCACACCGCAGUGCCGAUGUCAAGUUGAAGCGGGAACGAGACGAGCAUCGUUCUGGCGGAGACGACCACAGAAGAAGAAACGAGCAGCCGGAAGAAAGACGCAACAGAUCAGAAUCGGAUCGUCCCCAGGAAAGAGAGCGUAACGGCGACAGACGCCGCGAGCGUGACGCCGCCGCCUCACAGCAAGCCGAGCGACGGCGGCACGACGAGCAGCGGAGGGAAAACCGCCAACGUCGCGAGGAGAACCAGGAGUUAGACUUUGGCCAUCCGGAGGCGGCCGGCGAGAGCCCGAAGGAAGCCGCCGAUAAGGAGAAGCCCAACUUCGGCCUGUCGGGGGCGCUCACGGAAGACACCAACACGUUCCGCGGGGUGGUGAUUAAGUACAACGAGCCUCCCGAGGCGCGCAUUCCCAAGCGGAGAUGGCGGCUCUACCCGUUUAAGAACGACGAGCAGCUUCCCGUCAUGUAUAUUCACAGACAGAGUGCCUAUUUGUUGGGUAGACAGCGGAAAAUCGCCGACAUUCCUAUCGAUCACCCGUCAUGCUCUAAGCAGCAUGCGGUAUUCCAGUACAGAGUGGUGGAGUUCACUCGGGCGGAUGGCACCACAGGCCGUCGCGUGAGGCCGUACAUCAUCGACCUGGCCUCGGGCAACGGCACGUACCUGAACAACCAGCGCAUCGAGGCGCAGCGCUACUAUGAGCUCAAGGAGAAGGACGUGCUCAAGUUCGGCUUCAGCAGCCGCGAAUACGUCCUGCUGCAUGAAUUUUCCGACACAAGCGAGGUGGAUGCCAAGGAAGAACCAGAAGAGGAGGACGAAGGCCUGGAUGAGUAA